AGCAACCUGCUUGUUUUAAGCUUCAUUUGGAUUUGUGCGUUUUCUUUUCUUUUUUGUGAGAAGGAAAGAGAGAGAGGGCUGAAGCGGAGUAGCCUAGGCCUAUUCCAAAAUAUUGAAGUAUGAAGUAGGUUACAGCGCAGUGCUAUGACAGGCCUAUUACUUUAAACUGCGUUUUUUUGUCUGGCAAUCACCGACUAGGCCUACUACAGUUCCGGGUUGAUAUACAGUCCGAAAGCAACUGUACAGAGUGACGGGUAGCCUAUAUUCUGGAAUUUUCUAACUUAUGUAUUACCUCUGAAAUGAUUGCCGCUUCCGUCUCUGUAGUUCCGCCUAGAAUUCUUUGCGGUUAGGUGGUUGUAGGCUAGUCUGUGGACUACAAGUCCCAUGCUCUUCCAGCCUUGACAGAUAAACGGAGCAAAAAUUCCACGCGAUUAGGAUACUAGAGUACUAGAGCAAGCAAGGGAGGGAGGAAGAAGUCGUGUUUUCUGUCAGUGGUAAAGGUAUGACCGACACGCUCGGCAUAAUCAACCAAAUCUGUGCAAAAUGGUGAAGGAUCAAGAGGUCGAACGCAUUGCGAAGAAACUGGACAAAAUGGUGCAGAAGAAAAACACGGAUGGCGCUAUAGAUUUGCUUAGAGAGCUGAAGAAUAUAAAGAUGUCGCUGGAGACGCUACAGUCCACAAGGAUCGGCAUGUCUGUGAAUGCUGUGAGGAAGCAGAGUUCUGAUGAGGAGGUGCAGACUUUGGCCAAGUCUCUCAUCAAAGCUUGGAAGAAACUUCUGGAUGGUGCUGAGGGAAAGGUGGCAGCAGUGGAGGAGAAGAAGAAAAGUGCCUCGCCUCUUCAGUGUUCAUCUAAGGACAGCCCCAGCUCCAGUGACAGCAAGAAGUCUGAACCGCCCAAGACCCCCACCAGCCCGUCUACCCCAACCACUCCAACCACCCCGACCACCCCCAUCACCCCAAAGUUCACGUCUUUCCCCCCAGCCCCCGUCACCACUGACAGCGUACGCACCAAAUCCAGGGAACUCUUGGUGGCAGCGCUGCAAAUUGGCGAUGACCAUAAAACGAUUGGAGCUGAUUGCGAUCAUCUGGCGGCCCAGAUUGAGGACUCUAUCUACCAGGAGUUUAAGGCCACGGACAUGAAGUACAAGACCAGGCUUAGGAGCCGCAUCUCUAACCUCCGGGACCAGAAAAACCCUGAUCUGCGACGCAACGUUCUGUGUGGGAACAUCGCACCCGAGCGUAUUGCCACCAUGACCGCAGAGGAGAUGGCCAGUGCAGAGCUGAAGGAGAUCAGGAAGGCCAUGACCAAGGAGUCCAUCAGGGAGCACCAGCUCUCCAAAGUGGGUGGCACUGAGACUGACAUGUUCAUCUGCGGCAAGUGCAGGGGCAAGAACUGCACCUACACCCAGGUGCAGACACGCAGCGCAGAUGAACCUAUGACCACGUUCGUGCUGUGCAACGAGUGUGGGAACAGGUGGAAGUUCUGUUGAGUGGAUGGACAAUAUGGAUUCUUCUGCGAGGAAAAAAUGGAGAACCACAUUUGAAGAAAUCAUUUUGUUACAAUCCUUUUUUAAAAGAAAACAUACAUGCUUUUUUUGUCAUAACGCUGUAAUAUAUUUCACAUGGAUGCUGUUCCCUAAAAGACAAUAGAUGUACAUUAUUUUGUGUAUUUCUUUUCUAUUUCUACCGUAACAAUUAAUUACUUUUGUUAUUUUUUGUAUUAACCAGUGGACAGGUUUUGCCAACCUUAGGUGUUUUGUUUGCUCUUGCCCAUAAUGAUGGCUUGUGCCUUUCUUUUGCCUCUUAUCUCCCUUCCCUCAUUCAUGGUGCUCCUAGUUUUACACAACUUUCUGCUGGUUCUAGAGGUGUUGUGUGAAAGUGUUCUUAGAGCUUGCAUACGUAGAUUAUGCAUACUCCAUACUUUUUUUUUUUUUUUUUUUUUGAUUGCCUGCUCCUAGUAUGGAUGAGGUGUUUUUUUUGACAAUGAAGUGUAAAAAAUGAAAAAUAUCAAGAGAGAAUGUGUGUUAUUUUCAGUGUGUGUGUCAGGAAGAGUGAGAAUUCCUCCAUUUAUACUUUGAGAGAAGGUAAUGGCAACAAUAUCCUAGUGAACCUUGUGGAGUAGGUUGGUGGAGUUCGAUAGAUUUCACUUGGGCGCCUGUAUUGCUUGCAUUAAAUGGAGUCUAACUUCGGCUUCCUCAUAUG